AUACGUAUCUGUAACAAACCAUAGGGGACGCGUAUGUAUAAAUUGCAAAAUGAAAAAGUACAAAGAAUUAACGUUUAAAGAAUUUAGAGAGGUACAAGGCACAUUCAGUCCUGAGUGCAUUUACUAUGUCUAUUAUUGUCAUGCUGAUGAACUCGUAUUAAGAUACCAUCCCUCGUUUGCCAUUGAAGAUACAAUUCUCUAAAUAAAUAAUAAAAAGCCGACAAAAAUCUUUACUUUUUUGUUCUUCUUUGAAAUAACCACAGCUAUGGCCAAGAAAACAGAAGCAGUGACACCUGGUCAGCGUCUCGGCUACGCUGCUGAUUAUAUACAAGGCCCAGGAACAUAUGAGCGCGAUGGAUUACUUUAUGCAAGUGUUGUUGGACAACGAUACAUUGAUCAAUCAAAGGAUGGAGGAUUACCUACAAUCAGAGUAUCUAAAGAAAAAGAACAAUCAGCUGUACCAGAAGUUGGUAGUGUGAUUACGGGUAAAGUUAUCCGUGUUGCACCUCAUCAAGCCAUGAUUGCCAUCAUGAUUGUAGAUAAUGCGCCUUGUAAAGAAGAUUUCAUGGGAAUUAUCCGAACACAAGAUGUUCGUGCAGCGGAAAAAGACAAGGUCAAGAUUUACAACUCGUUUAGACCUGGUGAUAUCAUCAAGGCAGAGGUCAUUUCCUUGGGUGAUGCACGAUCUUAUAUCUUGUCAACAGCCAAAAACGAAUUAGGUGUUAUCUUUGCUAUGAGUGUUGCUGGUGUACCCAUGAUACCCAUUUCCUGGCAGGAAAUGCAAUGUCCCAAGACAAAGACGAUUGAACUGAGAAAGUGCGCUAAACCAGUUUAAGUAAUAAAGGAAAAGAGAAAAGAAAUGUAUAUAGUUUAUUUGAAUGGUAUUUAUAAUGGUAUGCUGGGUCUUCUUAUGUUGACAGGUAC